CCUCCUCGGGGGCUCCGGCGUGCUCCCGCCGUCUGCCCUGCUACCUCGGUGGGCGCUGGAUGCUGCAGCGGAGACGCCGGAGGAGCUCCGCGGCGGGGGCUACACCGCGGUGAGUCCGCGGCGCUCCGCUGACGGGACAGCGGCGAGGAGGUGUCUCAGGGCCCCUGCGGCAGCGGGAGGAGAGGCUGGCGCGAUCCCGGUACAUGGGAUGAAGGGAGCCUGACACCUGUCUGGAGAGGAGACCCCAGCCCCUGUGGAGCUGCCCACCAUGAGCAGGACACUGCUGGCAGGCAGGAUGCAGCCAGAGAUCCGGAGCAUCUGCGUCUUCCUGCCCACCCGUGAGCAGCUCAGCCUGGCAGUCGGGGUCAAAGCCACUGGACAGGAGCUCUUUCAGCAAGUUUGUGAUUUAGUGAAGAUUAAAGAGCCUCACUUCUUUGGCCUCAGCGUUGUUAAAAAUAAUGAAUAUGUUUUUAUAGACCUGGAGCAGAAGCUUAGCAAAUACUUUUCAAAGGAAUGGAAGAAAGAGACCACCAAAGGGACAGAGAAAUUCAGCCCUCCAUUUGUUGCAUUCUUUAGAGUACAAUACUACAUAGAAAAUGGAAGAGUAAUAGGCGAUAAGGUGGCACGGCAGCUCUACUACUGCCAUCUCAAAGAGCAAGUACUUAUGUCUCAUUGCAACCACAAAGAAGAAAUCUACUUCUUGCUGGCUGCCUACAGCUUACAGGCAGACUUGGGCAACUACAGAGAGAAGCUCCAUGCUGGCAAAUAUUUUGAACCUCAGGCUUAUUUCCCACAAUGGAUAAUUGCAAAGAGGGGGAGCGACUACAUCUUGAAACAUGCCCCAGAGAUGCACCGAGAACAGCAAGGGCUGAGCGCUAAGGAAGCAGUGCUGAAGUUCAUUAAGGAGUCCUGCCUACUGGAAGAUGUGCCCGUCCACUUCUACAGGCUGCAGAAGGAUAAGAAGGAGGAUCGACCGACAGUUAUCCUGGGCCUGACCCUGAGAGGAAUGCACAUCUAUCAGGAGGUGAAUCACGUUCGCCAGCUCCUCUACGACUUUCCCUGGUCACACAUCGGGAAGCUGGCCUUUCUGGGGAAAAAAUUUGAAAUCCAGCCAGAUGGUUUGCCCUCUGCACGGAAACUGGUUUACUACACGGGUUGCCCCUUCAGGUCACGCCAUUUGCUGCAGCUACUCAGCAACAGCCACCGGCUCUUUCUGAAUAUUCAGCCAGUUUUGAAGCAGAUCCAAAAACUGGAGGAGGCUGAAGAGAAGAAGCGCUACCGGGAGUCCUAUAUCAGCGACACUCUAGACAUGGACCUGGACCCAUGUGACAAGAACUCCCAUGGCAGUGGGAGCAGUGGUGGCAGCCGCAGGGAUAACCGCCUCUCGCGCCAGUCCACUGGGAGUCAUGGCAGCUCCCACACCUCGGGCAUUGAGGCUGACUCCAGGCACCGCGUGUCUGUGGAAAUGUCUGUGGAUGAGCCCUUCAGCACUGACCACAUGCAUAGGAAAAAGAAAUCCUACAGCUCAACCAUCAGCUACGGUAGCUCUGGCAUUGACAGUGGCAGCAAAGGGCAGGCUGAAGAUGACACUCAGGAUGAUGAGCUUGAGCUGGCAGUAGAUGAGCCAGAGGAGAUGCCUGUAGAUGAGCCUUUAGAGGGACACCAGUUAGAGGAGGCCACUGUGGGAGAAUCUGUUGAAUCCCUGCCUCUAGAUGCUGCUAGUGGCCAAGCUAUAAAUCAGGAAUCUCUAUCCGUGGUGCAAGUCACACUAAUCAAAAUGAGAGGCCAAAGUGUGGAAUCCCUUCACCAGGUCAGAUCGCCCAAAAGCCGGAGCUGCAUGGACCAGCACAGCCAGAGUUUGGAUGACAUCCGUUUGUACAAGCGCCGGCACCCAUCACUAAGUGCCACACUGUCUUCAGACACGUCCCACAGCUACACCUUCGGCUGCAGCCUUGAGGAUACGCUGUCUCUCUAUGGCUGUGUGUAUUCCACAGCGGACUGCAAAACCAAGUCUGCCCUUUACGGGAAGCGAUCUAUGAACUGCCUCUCCUUGGAUCUUCUGGGAGAUGACCAGCUCCCAGAGGAGUUUGUGGUGUAAUGAGAUUGGAGCUCUUCCAUACCAGGAAACAGCUCAUCAUGGCAAUAUAUACCUCAUUAACAUCUCUCUUGCAGGAGAUGGUGAGCGGCUUCGUUAUUCAGUUCUGUAUUAGUAAGUGGCAUCGCUUCUGCAGACCUGGCUACAGGGCAAAUCAGCUGGAGUGUAGCACUUAACACUGGCAUUGGUAGUGUCUGUCUGAGCAGAAAGUGGAAGUAGCCUGCACCCUUGGCAGGGACACAACCAGCACAAAAACCAAAAAACAGUGGACCAAAACUAACACUGAGCUAGUAAAGCAAACUUUCUCUAAAUGGAUUAAUCAGAAAUCUAAAGUUUGUCAUGUUCUUGCCUUUCUCUUGUGGUCCAUGUUUCUUAAUUUUAGUGUACAGAUAGUUUGUCUUCAGUUUGUGCUGCUGCAACAUUACUAACAGCUGUCAGGCCAGGAUAUACCCUUAGCACAUUUGGAGGGCUGUGUAUGGAAGUGUCUGUUUCAGUUGAAUGAACACAAGUUGCUUAUUCACUGUGCUGGGAGCAAGACCUGCUCUGCCAGGAGUUUCUUCUUCUUUUGUUGUUGCUAUUUUGUUGUAAGCAUCCAGCCAAAUACAAUAUGUGGUCUCUUUUUUUUUUUUUUUUUUUCUUUAUUGCAACAAAUGGAACUGACUGUCAGCUGUCUACUACUGCUGUGAUGCAGAUUGGCAUUAUAUCCUUGGAGAUAGGAAGGAAGUAAAGCAAAUUACUUGGCUGCUUCUGAGAGUACAAAGGGCAAGAGCAUUAAUUGACAGGCUUUUGAAGAGAGGAGUGUGACUGGAGAAUUUGUCCAGGCAUGAUCACCCCUUACUUUGAUUCAUACUUUAAUGUAGUUCUUUUAUUUGUUUUUAAUAAAUCUGUUCCUUAGAUUUUUUCCCUCUGCAUAGAAGGCAUGUAAGGACUGGAGAAAGUCACUUUGCAAGGACAGACAGAGUGACUGUGUCCUACUUAGUCAUGGAUAGGUCAUGCAAAUAUGUGUGUGUGGUGCUGCAGGGCUGAUGAUGGUACAGGUGUAGGGUGUUUGUGUGCCAGACGGAGGGUACUUGUUUUGGUGAUCUUGAGAGUGGUGGAUCUGGCUGUGCUGGCUCUCACUAGGGAAAUAAUCAUAAUUAUGCUGUUUGAUUCAAGCAUUUGGUGUUGAAAACAUCCUGCUACCUUGUUACAUGCAAAUAAAUGUGUUUGGUUUCCUCCCCUCAUCAAUUCCCAGCAUUGGGAAGCUUGUACUUGAAGGCCCAGCUUUGUGCCCAGCUUUUGACAGCCAUCUAGGUGUGUUCUGGCAAACUUUAGAAGGAAAGAAAUACUGGCUGGGGAAGUGUGUGUUGUGCAGUGUUGAUCAUCAAAAGCUGAAGAUAGCCUAAUUCAGGAAAGGAAGGAAGCCAGACUAUGACAAGGAAGGUUUGAGCUGCUGCUUUGAUGGUGGGCACGCAAGCUCAGUAGUUGUCUGGUAAAUUGCAUUCCCAUAAGUCAUUAAAGUAGCAAAUCCUUGAAGUCCAUCGUCUUGCUACUUCUGUGUGAAUGCCAUGUAGAGACAGACCCAAGCUGCGUGCACUGUAGCCAUGACUUAAUGGACUGUUCCCUCUUUGAUCACACUGUUCUUUCUUGUUGUAAUGACCAAAUAGGAGGUGUGUGUUCACUGUAGCCUCUUAUCCUUUGUUCCAAACAAAGCCAAAAUGCCUUUGCAAAGUAUUCGAGGUAUGUUUACUGCAUCCAAAAUAAAUUCUUCUAAAUGGAAAUAAAUGGGUAAAGGAAAUCUGGUUGGCUGCUCUUAAACAGUCCAGUCAAGCCUCUCUCUGUCAGUCACUCACUGAUACCUGGGUCCUGGUUGGCCAUAAGCCACGGGAGAUGGACAUGGCCAGGAUCCAGGAAAGCCAGUGGCUAUACAAAAGGAAACAGCCUUGCAGCAAUGCAGGAGCCUUGCUCUUGCAGGCACCACGGAGCUGGAGGGAUGGCUCUUAAUGCUACAGUGCCUGUCCAUAAAACACAUGAGGGGGAGGUCUGGAGUGAGGCUGCCACUAACCUGUUGCUCUCCUACCCAUGCAGAUGCACAGUUACUUGUGGUUCUGGGAAUGGUUGUUAACAGGAAAAAAAGGUCAAAAUUCAGUGGGUAUAGUUGUUUGGAAAAGGGUCAUAAAAUGCAUGUGCACCAUGUGCACACUUCUCUCAAAGACAAUCACAUCCUUAUCUGCUUCAGCCUAACCACAUCACAGAAGUGUUUAUUGCCACCAGGCAGCUCACAGUUCUGGUUUUGCAGUUAGCAGGCAUCCAGAGGAUUUGGCAGUGCUGUAAUCCUGCUGCCGCUGGUUACAAAAUGCACCAAUGACUGAAAACAGCAUAACUGACUCUUGCAUUUAAUCCACUGCCUUGUACAUUCCUGAGGAGUUCUUGUAUUUAUUCAUAGCUGGUAGGGAAGGCAAAUUCUACAGGUCUUACCAUCUUCUCUCUGUCAUCUGUGCAGCUCCCUGUAAGUGACAUAUGCAUAUGAAGGGGAGACCAGACACUUUGUGUAUAGACUGAGAAUGAAUCAAUAUCUUACAAGCACUGUGAAUAUCUAUUAUGCAACUUUUGUAUUCGUAUUAAAAAAAAAAACAACAAACACCUGUUUCUGCUAGUAAUACAUUUAUUUUUUUGUUUGGAUUUAGAAGAUCUCUUAUUUUUGAGUUUGAUAGUUUGGUAAACAUUAGCAUGUAAGCAUUUAUCAGCUGAUGUUAGAAACUAGCUGCCAAUAUUUGUACAUAUUUGUAAAAUACUCGUGUUAUAAUCACUCUAUUUUAAUGGUAAAAGUUUCUCCUUUCCAUGAAAGGAUUUUCUUGUUUAAAAUAAAACAUAAAUAAUUAUAUAUACACCUGCA